UCAGUCACUUCCGGUUGAUUUCGACACUAAACUUUCAACAACUCGAAAAUUCAGCGAUUUUUAGUGCUAGAUUUUUCAAGUAUGACUAGAUUUACUAAAUUCACUGGUGGUCAAAGAAAAAGACCUGAAGAGUCAACUAAAUGGGAAGAUCUAAAGCAAAAUCAGAAAAACACUGACAGAAGUAGUGCAAACAGGCAAAGGAAUCCUGGGCAAGCAAGUUCAGAGUUUCAUCACAGACAAGAUGCUAGUUGUGGGAAAUCCAGAGACGGUUUUAAAUUGAAAAAAUUUGGAUUUAGUGAUGAAAAGGAAAAAGAGUUGUUUACCAUGUUAAAGAAGGAGACCAGAAGUGACAACAGGAGGGUGAAAAGACAAAAGAAAAAACAAGACGAAAAGGUUUGUUAUAACUGUAGGGAGCCAGGCCACAAUAUGUCAGAGUGUCCAACAGCAAAAAAAGACAUUGAACAUGGAACAGGAAUUUGCUUUAAAUGUGGAUCUACAGAACACUCAUCUAGUUCAUGUAGAGUUAAAGUCAAGCCAGGAGAUUUUCCCUAUGCUAAAUGUUUUAUAUGUGGAGAAACUGGCCAUUUAUCUAAACAGUGUCCUGAUAAUCCUAAAGGAUUAUAUCCAAUGGGUGGGUGUUGUAAAGAAUGUGGGUCAGUGGAACAUUAUGUGAAAGAUUGUCCAGAAGCACAUGCCAAACAGGGAAUAGACAGUCUAACACUACCAACACUGGACAACUUCACAAGUGCUGAUGCAGAGGAAGAGUUGGUUGAUGUUAAACCACAGACGCUCAAGAAAAAAGUUCCCAAAUUUGUUAAAUUCUGAUUCUUUAUAAAAUGCCUAAAAAAAUGUUAUACUGUUGUUAUAUUAAAAAGUAAAUUAUUAUAAA